AUGCCGGAGAACGAGGCCGGAGUUCCUGAAGGACGUGAUGCGGUCCGAAAAUCACGCUCAGCGGCGAAAGGCUGGGUGACGCGUGCAUCCAAUGCACUGAAGCGUGCAUGUAAGGAUGCACGUCAACCGUUUGGGAAGGAUGCCGUAAGUAAAGUGGCAAUAGAAAGCUGUAUCAAUGACUUCGAUCGAUAUUUGGUGUCAUUUGAGAAGGCCCAAUCGGAAGUUGAAAUGACAAUCGAAGAUGAGCUUGCACAAGAGCAAGACAUUGAUCAGGCCUUUGCUUUCAUAUCUGAGGCAAAGCAGUCUAGGCACGAGGCACAGAUUAUGUUGGAAGAGAUUGUGACCCGUAUGUCAAAGGGUCCAAAAUCGAAAGACAGUAAUGACGAUUUCGAUGACGGGGCAAGUUGUGCCUCGAACAGCUCCAUGGCGUCGAUGGGAAGGGUACGCCUUCCCAAGUUGGAACUGCCAACCUUUUCAGGGGUGAUAACGGAAUGGCAGUCAUUCUGGGACCAAUUCACCGCACUUGUCGAUGAAAACGAGAGUAUACCGGAGAUAAGCAAGUUCUCGUACCUCUCUUCGCUGCUCGAAGGUGAGGCUAAGUGUGUGAUAAAGGGUCUCCCAGUGACGGAGGAGAACUAUCACAUCGCAAGCAAGUUGCUAACGGAUCGGUAUGGAAGACGUGAAAGGAUUAUUUUCACACAUGUUCAGGCCUUGUUAAAUGCGUCUAUGCCUGGACACGGACAGGGUGGAAAGAUGGUUGGAAAUCGAGUUUCAGCACUUUGGCGGUUGCAGGACGAACUAUUGCUACACAUUCGCAGCCUCCAAGCCCUCGGUAUAGAGGGAUCGGAAUAUGGUUUCCUACUGACCCCCCUGAUUCUGUCACGCUUGCCUAAUGACAUACGUAUGGAGUGGGCACGGGAGAGUGACGGAAGGGAAGCGGAUUUGGAGUUCCUACUAGACUUCAUGAAGAGGGAGAUAAAUCGACGAGAGAGAUCGGAAACCUUUAAGGUUUUGACCAAGACUGACAAUGUUGGUACCCAGGGACAUGGGAUUGAUGCAACAGCUGACAUGGCUGAGGACAAGCAACGUGUGGCGACUGCAUCCGCCUUGCAGUCACCUAGUGUAGCCUCACAUUCUGGUGGUAAUUCAUGUGGUGUAUGUGGGAAAACCCACCAGACUGAGAAAUGCUGGGGAUUGUUAAACCUCCCAGUUUCAGAGAGACAUUCGAAGGUGCAGUCAUGUAAGUUGUGUUUCAGGUGCUUGGGUAAGUCACACUUUGCCAAGGGUUGUAUUGCACAAUGUUCAAAGUGUAAGGGUCGACACCAUGCCAUUUUGUGCAAUGGUGGUGGUGGUAGUGGUAAAACUGCUCUUUGCCCUUGUGUAUAA